GCGAAAUGAGACGUACAGCCAGCGAGUCAAGAUUAGUAUGGUUUGGAUCCCGCCCAUAGAAAGAAAGAAACACGCAAACGUCAUGGUUUUCUCCUGUCAUGGUAUUUUUCUAGUUAAUGUAAGUCGAAUACAGGCUUUCGUGAAGGAUUACGACUAUGUCUUGUGCUCGUAAACCUCCCAAAAGGACGAAAUCAGAGGAAUUAAUUUAUCAGGAGAAGUCCAAGAACGUGUCAAAAGAGAAUGGCAAACGCAUAGGUUUGGAUGGAGACCCGGACUUGCAGUUUUUGCUCAGAGGUGGAGACCUGAUAAAGGUGAAGUCCAACUCGUGGAAGAAGACCCGCUUUUUCAAACUGAAUGAAGACUGCAAGACUAUUUAUCAGCCAUCCAGCAGGGCAUUCAGGAGAGAAUCCAGCUUUGAACUUGCGGACAUUGAUUCAGUGCGUCUCGGCCGUGAGUCUGAAGGACUGCAGAAAUACACAGACUCCUUUAUUGAGGAUCGCUGCUUCUCCAUCAUCUUCAAAAGUAAACGAAAAAACCUGGACCUGAUCGCCUCUUCUGAUGAUGAAGCCAAUCGUUGGGUCAACAGCCUGGAGAAGGUCAUCAACCGCCUACAUAAACUCAAUCGCCAACAGAACAGCGAGCACUGGAUCUAUGAAUGCAUGCGCAAGGCAGACAAGAACGCAGACAACAAAAUGUCCUUGAAGGAGUUGAAGCAUUUCCUGCGCCAAAUCAAUAUUGAGGUGAACGACAGUUACGCCGAGACGCUGUUCAGGAAGUGUGACACAUCCAAUUCUGGCACUCUAGAGGGAUCUGAGAUUAAACUCUUCUACAAUUUGCUGACUCAACGUGAUGAAAUUGAUGUGAUCUAUGGCAAAUAUGCUACAAGUAAUGGCCAGAUGAGCAGCAACGACCUGUUGAACUUUAUACAAUUUGAGCAGAGGGAGCCAGUGUCUUUGGACUAUGCAGAAGAACUUAUAGAAAAAUAUGAGGUGGAUGAGACAGCCAAACAAGACAAGAAUAUGAGCAAAGAUGGUUUCCUGAUGUUCCUGAACCAAGAAGGAACCCUGUUUAAUCCGGCCCACAUUGACGUGUACCAAGACAUGCAGCAGCCGUUGAAUCAUUACUUCAUUUCAUCUUCCCAUAACACUUAUCUGAUGGAGGACCAGUUGAAGGGGCCCAGCAGCACAGAAGCCUAUAUCAAAGCGCUGAUGAAGGGCUGUCGCUGUGUGGAGCUGGAUAUCUGGGAUGGAGCAAACGGGCAGCCGGUCAUUUAUCAUGGCCACACACUCACAUCCAAAGUGCCAUUUAAAGACGUCAUUAAGGCUAUCAAAGAUUAUGCUUUCAAAACCUCACCGUAUCCAGUGAUCUUGUCUUUGGAGAACCAUUGCUCUUUAGAGCAGCAGAAAAUCAUGGCCAAGCACUUAACCACCAUCCUGGGCAGCGCUUUACUUACUCAACCACUGGGGCAACAAAUGCCCACCAAAUUUCCAGGACCUGAGGACCUGAAGGGGCGUUUCUUGAUCAAGGGAAAGCGUUUAAACAAACUUGAUGCUGCUUUCAACAACAACACUGCAGAGGAUGUGGAGAGUGUGUCAGAGGAAGACGAGGCUGCUGAUCUGAAAGAGGGUGAACCCACAAACAAAGACUCAAAGAAAUCCAAAAAGAUCAAGCUGGCCAAGGAACUGUCAGACCUGGUCGUCUACUGCAAGAGUGUGCAUUUCAGCAGCUUUGAGCAAUCGAGGAAAAAACAGGCCUUCUAUGAGAUGGCUUCCUUCAAGGAGGGCAAAGCAGUCAACUUAGCUGAACAAUCAGCCAAUGCAUUCAUUCGUCACAACAUUGAUAAGCUGAGCAGAAUCUACCCGGCUGGAUCCAGAACAGAUUCAUCAAACUACAAUCCUGUGCCACUGUGGAACGCUGGAUGCCAAAUAGUGGCUCUAAAUUUUCAGACUCCUUGUAAAGAGAUGGAUCUGAACCAGGCCCGAUUUCUUCCUAAUGGCAAGUGUGGCUAUGUAUUAAAGCCUGAGUUUCUGAGAGACCCGGCCUCACAGUUUGACCCCUACAACCUCAGAGAAGGGCCCUGGCUGCAGAAGAAGAUCCUGCACCUCAUGGUCAUUUCAGCCCAGCAGCUCCCGAAGAUCAACAAGAACAAGGAGAAGUCCAUCGUGGAUCCUCAUGUCCGGGUGGAGAUUUAUGGUGUUCCAGAGGACCACGCCAUCAAACAAACACAUCACAUUGACAACAACGGUUUUAAUCCAAUGUGGAAUACAACCUUCCAGUUCACAGUUAAAGUGCCGACACUAGCUUUGGUGCGAUUUGUGGUGGAGGAUUAUGAUGCUGCUUCAAAAAAUGACCUGAUCGGCUUGUACACUAUACCCCUCACCAGCAUGCAGAAUGGUUAUCGUCAUAUGCCUCUGCUUACGAAGAGAGGAAUCAUUAUUCCUUCAGCGGGACUAUUUGUACACAUCAUGCUUCUAGAUGCUUAAUAGACUGCAGUUUUUCUCUCAAUCGCCUCAAAGCAUUCAGAUCACCCAACAGAACAAUUCUCAAUGAACACGUCCCAGGAGAAAAUUUCAUAGUGCCUUACAGGUUACCAAUUAGUUGCUCUAAAGCCUGAUUUAUACUUCUGUGUUCUGUCCAUGAUGCUCUGCAAGAAGACAUCUGAAACAAUAGGAAGCAGGGGGGUCUCUAUGUUCCUCUGUUUCGAGUUUCUUUGCUGGUGUUUUGAGUUUACGGCAAAAAUGUUGUGCGAUGCUACUGUAGAAGUAACUCAGUCACACUCAUUCAAGGAAGAAAAAGGCGGGAAGGGCAAACAUUUAACAACUUUAACAACAAAAGAGAUUUGUUAAACACUUGCUGCGGUCCCAUGGCUUUUAGCCCCUCCCACACUUGUCAUCUCCACCAAGCCAGCCAAUCACAGAUCUUGCGCUCUGCAUUGUCAGGACAUGUACAGUAGUUAAAUUUUUAUAGAGGUGUGCAUCAGGGUUCGCUUCAGGGUCCACAACGAGCCUACAGCAUGAGCUCAACACAGAAGUUUAAAUUGGCCUUUACGAGUACCAAGCUACUGAAAGUACUGAAAAUGGUAGAUUUGUUUCAAAUUUUUGUUUUAAAAGGUCAAUAGUGCCUUUUACACAUACAGAUAUUUGUGGAAAGGUCUGUAUGUGUGAACAGGCCCUUUUUUAAAAAUACCGGUAAAUUUGUUUGGCAAUUUUCCAGAUAGAGAAGUUGUAACAUCACCGGUAAUUUGCUGGAAUGCUGAGCUGUGUGAACACAGAAGGAAAAUGGCUGGAAAGAAUGCGUUUAUGUUUAGAACGCGCUGACGUGAGAUGCCUACUCCAGCCAAUCAGAACACUCAGACGCAUUCACAUACACGCUGUUUAUGGAAAUAAAAGCCUUUGAAUAUUUUUCCAGACACAUUUAGAUGUUAGUCAGACGUUUCUGUGUUCCUUCCUAAUGCCAGCUGUGUAAAAAAUUAUCGAUAAAAUGCUUAGGAAAAGCCGUUGUUUGUUUACCUUUAAGCUCUGCUUCAGUUGCUUGACGCGUGUGCACAUAAAGCAGCCGGUGAGCGCCAGCACAGACACAUAUUAUGUACAUCUCUAAAUCUGACAGUGUUCCUCUAUAUGUUUUCAUAUAAGUUGUUCACAAUAGGUAUCCAUCCAAAGAGUUUGUAAUGUAGUCAGAUGUGUAAACAUUUAGCUGCAGUUUGCAUUUGUGCCUUUGGAUGUCUCUGGGACAAAGCAGCUGCAUGAAUGAUAAAGCUUUAAAUAAAAGUGAAACCAUCAAGAAAAGGCUGAUGUUUACAAAUACAAGCGCUGCCAUUUAGAGGUCAUUUCUGGUUAAUGAUGUCAGAAUUUACCGGUAUUUUUCAAUGGAUGUGUGCAUGGUCUAUUCUGGAACAAUACGUGUUUUUUACGAAUUUACCGGUGAAGUCGUUCCGGAAAUUUUCCGGAUAUUUACCAGUAUCACUGUGUUAAAGGGGCUAUUGUUAGUAGUCAGAAAGCAAAAGCACAUAAAAUGACAAGCAUGAUUUUAUAUAAUAUUAAUAAUAUUUAUUAAUACUGUAAUACUGAUCAUUUAAUUAAUUUGAUGUAAUUGAUGAAUAAAAAUACUACAUUUGACGUUAAUCGAAAUUUUAAGUACAAUAUUGAUAUUUUUGGCUACCAAGAAAGGGAUUUUUUAAUGUCAUUCUUACCAUAUUAAGGUAGUCAGUGGAGAAUUACACAGAAUUUAGAAAAUUCAGAAAGUGUACAGAUUUAGAAAAAAGUAAAACACCAUUCCCGUCUUUUGUAGUACAUUUGUUACAAAAAAGUACAUUCAAGUGAUUGUAGAAGUGUAUCUUUUUAUUAUUUGACAUAGUUUUCUAUUUUAGUAUUGAAACUUUUAUAUUUAAAAAUACUACACUGAUGCCUUUUUACAUUAACAGAUUAUUCAGACAGUGUUUGUAUUUAUGGUUAUUCUUUCUGAUUGUCAAACACAGUGUAUGUGUUCUUCCCAAACAUUUAAAGUCCUCACAAAUGUACCUCAAUUAAAGAGUUUUAAGGCCUGUUCACACCAAGGACCAUAUUCAUACCAAUAUUUAAAACUCGAAUUUAGAAUUAGUUAGAAUUUGCUUCAACCAGGGAUUAAAAUGACAUUUUCCAUUGAUGGGCAAUAUUUGCAAACGUGGAAUUGAUUUCCAAAGGCAUAUGUAUAUAUAUUUUUUAAUUGUCCCUUCAAUCAACCUUCAAUAUUUUAAACUGUUGCAAUUGAAAAUGUCAUUAAAGGUGAAGUGUUUUUAUUUGUUAUGGUUAUAGUACUAUAUAUACCAGAGUUGCCCAAAGUAGGGCCUGCGGGCCAAAGUUGGCCCAUGGUAACCUUUGAUUUGGCCCGCCAUCCAAUCUGAGAAGAGAUUUAGAAUGAUGGGAAGGUUGGAGCGAAUCUCUUUAACAGAUGUCGUCAUUUUAAUGUAACAUUUUGUUUGUUUGUUUAAUUGUUGAGCUACAAAAAAAAAGCCAUUUGAAAUAAAAUGAUUGACUCGUGUAGCUCGAGCUUUAAUGGUAUAUGUACCUUCGGCCCACCACCCUCAAUCAAGUUUGGUUUUUGGCCCUUCAUAAGCAAAAGUUUGGGCACCCCUGGUAUAUACUGUCCUUCGUGUGAAUGAGCGUUUCAUUUUAAAAACAGCAUUCCUGCGUUCAGUGUCUUUUUGGUUUAAUGCUGAUGCAAAUAAUGAACAAUGAACUGUUUACCCCAUACAUCCUAUCUAUUAUUUUUAGAUAAACUUGUUUAUCCUUCAUUAUCAGAUGUUGUCUUUGAGCAGCAGUUGUGUUUUAUAGAUUUCUUGUCAAAGUUGUCUUUCAAAUAUGUAUAACAUAACAGAAAAGGAAUGGAAAAACAGGGUGUACAUAGGUGUGCUUUAUGUUUUUAUACUCUUUGUUGGUUUAAGGUGUUGCUGCUUUUUCUCUAAUCUGUUUCUUGAAAAAAAUUCUGUUUUUUAUGUUUAUAUAAAUUAUAUAAUAUCUUUUCCAGUAGCUGUUUACUUCGGCAAUGUUAAGCCAUAACAGCAAUGUGUUUCUUGUUUCCUGUUCUUUUCUAAUGACAGAGAAAGAAAAAAGAGAAAGGAUUGUCUUUACUGACCAUAAAAUGCUGUGACAAACUAUUAACUAUGGAUUAAACAUCUCAGAACGAUUGUA